GGCUUGGCGUUUGGGACAAGCACUGGGCUUGGCAGUGAAGUCUGAUCUUGUCCCUUUUCUCCUCCAGCGAGAGUUGUCCCUUUAACACGGGAGGAGGGGCCAAGGCUGCAGGAGGCUGCAGGGAGCUGGCAGAGCUGGUGCCAGGCAGGCUGAGGCCCAGCUGGCCUGGGGACCUUUCAGAAGGAAGCCCUCCAGGUGGUUGCGGGAAUGGAGGACUGCCUGGCUGAGUGUGCUAAGGGGCGACACUUCCACGUAAUCACGCCCCUGCUGGAGAGCUGGGCGCUGUCCCAGGUGGCGGGCAUGACUGUCUUCCUCAAGUAUGAGAAUGUGCAGCCGACUGGCUCCUUCAAGAUCCGUGGCAUCGGGCACUUCUGCCAGCAGGUGGCCAGGAAAGGAUGCAGACACCUGGUGUGCUCCUCAGGUGGAAACGCAGGCAUCGCUGCUGCUUACGCUGCUCGGAAGCUGGGCAUCCCGGCCACCGUUGUGCUCCCCGAAGGCACCCCUCUGCACGUGGUGAGGAGGCUGCAGGGGGAGGGGGCCGAGGUUCAGUUGACCGGAAAGGUCUGGGAUGAGGCCAAUCUGAGGGCGCAAGAGUUGGCCAAGAAGGAUGGCUGGGUGAACGUCCCCCCGUUUGACCACCCCCUGAUAUGGGAGGGCCAUAGUAGCCUGGUGCGGGAGCUGAAGGCAGUGCUGGGGACCCCACCAGGCGCCCUGGUGCUGGCAGUGGGGGGCGGAGGUCUCCUGGCCGGGGUGUCGGCCGGUCUGGCAGAGGUGGGCUGGCAACACGUGCCCAUAAUCGCCAUGGAGACGCAAGGGGCACACUGUUUCAACGCGGCCAUCAAGGCAGGCAGGCUGGUUACGCUGCCGGACAUCACAAGUGUGGCCAAGUCCCUGGGUGCCAAGACGGUGGCUGAGCGGGCCCUAGUGUGUGCGAAGGAGUUUAAGAUCUUCUCUGAAGUCGUGGAGGAUGCUGAGGCCGUGAAUGCCGUGCAGCAGUUCCUGGAUGGGGAAACUGAAGCACGGGACAGUGACAUAACUCCUUCAAGGUCACACAGGCUGGAAUGUGGCCCAGCCAGCUUCAAACGCUGUGAUUUUCAAUAUGCCCCUAUUUCUUGGACCUCCGCCUUCUUUGUAUGGGAGUCGGUGGUGGUGGGACAUUGGAGAAAGAGGUAGGACCUGCAGGUCGGUCUGGACACAUCUGGGAGUCACAAAGAGGUGGGUACCGGUCCUGGUGGUGGGGUACCUGCCACCCGUGGGAAGGAUCUCUUUGGAAACUGGAAAGAAAAAUGAGAAUUUUUUUGAGCCACCAGGGGGCAGCAAAGUGUCUCCAAUGGGGAAGCGGGGUCUCAAGUCAGGUGAGAUCUGCCCCUGGGUCUUCCUUGACUCUACCCCCAGCUGGAGGUGCUGAGGUCCUAGAGGUGGAUGGGCUUACAGUGUCCUGGCAUGGGGGAGCCCUCUCCAACCCCUCACAGCGCUGCAGGAAAAAAAGGCUCAGGGAGAGCGGGGCCCACCCUGUGAACCCACGGCAGAUCUCGCUCCUGGGUCCCACUGAGGAGCUGCCUUAUGAGGGCUGUGUGAACUUGGGCAAGUGCCCUCCCCUCUCUGGGCCUCGGGCUGCCCCUCUGUGCUGGAGGAGGCCCACUUGCUGCUCCCCAUCUCCUUUCCUUUGCUCAAGCGGUUCCUUCCACCAAGUGCCUCCUCUUUUUCUCAAGAGGAGGGUUUGAGAGUGGCUGUGGCCUCCCUCUGCUUCUCUGCUGUCUUGGUCUCAUCUGCCCUUUGACCCCAGACAUUGCCCUGGACUGCCAGGUCUGCCCCUCCAGAAGCUUCCAGGACCCAGACCUGUUUCCUUGGAGUCAUACUGUGUGAGUUCCCAGAAGAGAGGAGACACUGAGAGCCCCAGAGCUGGACCCAGCCAGAUUUGAGCCUGGACUCUGUUCCGACGUACUAGCCUGGUGACUUUGAGUGAGUGAUGCUCCCGUUCAGUGCCUCAGCGUUCUGAUCGGUAAAGCAGGUUGUUUGCAGAUUCUUACUAUGGACCCUGCAUGGGUAGACUUUCAAUAAUUGCUAGUUCUUACCGUCUCCGGAACUCUCCUCCCUCGACAAUGAGAGAUGUGGCGAAAGUAGUGUUUACUCUUGCACAGAGCACCUGCUGUUUGCUGUGGGCCUUAGCAGUCAUUUCAUUUAAUCCCGCAAUAACCCACAUGGUAGAUACUAUCAUUACCUUUGUUUUUGCAAAUGAGGAAACCGAGGCACAGAGCAGUUGAACACUUCCUCCAGGUCCCACAGCUGAGCUGGAACCCUGCUCUGUAAACCUCUGGGCUUGUGCAUCUCAGCGCGACCACUCUCCUACCUCCUUCCCUUUGCUCGCGCCACGUCCCCUGCCUGCCGUGCCCUCUACGCUUUUAAAUCCUACACAUUCUGCCAAGCCCAGCGUGAGGGCAGCCUCCUCCUGGAACCCCCCCGGGAUUGCUUCAGCCAGAGCCAAGCUCCCCAACCCCACGCUUCUCCAGGUGGGCGGCUGAGCCCAUCUCCGUCCCAGGUGCUCUGUCUCCCACUCACGAUGCCGCCCUUGGCUGCUCUCUUGGGAGAUUUGUCAGCUGCUGUUUGCUCCUCUCCUGGUCUCGGUAAGCUGGAGAUAAGAAGCCGAGGGGCCUGUUUAUCUUGUCCAGGUAACACACGUCAACUACAUUAGCGUAGCCCUUCCUGGUUGACACCCAAGGAACGCCAAGGGCAGGGCGGGGCACAGGGAGAGAGCAGGACAUGGCAGGUCAAAGCUGAGGCCGUGCUUGUGAUCUGAUGUAGCAGAGUGGGCACCGGGGCAGAGAUUGCCAGCAUCUGUCCCUGCCCACUUGGACCACUCAGUGGGGGAGAUGGGGAGGCUGCGAGGAGGGUCCUGGGAGCAGAACCUUCUCUGUCUUGGUACAGGGCUGCAUAGAGAGCACUGGCCACUGGGCCACCAGGUGUAUGUACCUGCCUUCAUCCCAGCGGGAUCCCUUCUCCUGGGAGGGGGGCCCCUUUGGUUCCCUGUGGGGUCUGUUGGCUGAGGAUCCCUCUGUCCCUCAUCAGGCAAACUCUAACACCCCUGCCUCCAGAGCGCUCACCCCCACCAAUCCUUCACUCCACUUAAGCCAAGGUGACACGGAGGCCUGACAUCCAGCCUUUGACUGGCAAAGGUGUUCUGACCCGAGAGCUGGCUUCAGGGAUGGCAGGGACCUGGGGAGGAGGACCAGGUUCAUGCUGCCGCCCCACACCCCCGGCCUGGGCAAGAGCCCAGUUCAGGGUGGGUGCACAUUCCAGGACCUGCAGGGGAGGGUCUGACCCUCAUGUUGGGGAUAUGAUGGCUUAGGCUGGCUUUGCAUCUCAAGUCACCUGUGUGUGGCCAUGUGUGCACCUGUGUACUUGUGUACUCGCAGGCAUGCAUGCAUGUUUGUGUCCACGUGUGAGAGAGUGCUUGCUCUCGUAUUUACGAGGAAAUACUUCCAGUUCAUUGAAGCCUAGUUUAUUUCCCUCGGAGAGUAUGGUGCUUCACAUUUUUGCACUCGGGGCUUACAAUACAAGCACUGCCCAGGCAUUAAACUUAGCUGUAUACAAGGAUUCAGGUUGGAGGCUAGACAUUAGGGGGUGGUGGGGAUUGGAGCCAACUGGAAAGCUCAUAUUCUGUCUGAAGGAAGUGGCUACUGCUCAAGUCCAUCUACCUGCUGGCCCAGCAUAACAGAUUUCCCAAUUUCUUAGUGUUAGCUCAAAUUCAAAGCAAUUUAAGAAACACCAUGUGCUCUAUUUGCCCACAUAGUCAUAUAAAGGCUCUGACAGGUCCUGCAGGAAAGGAGGAGCCCCGUGACUCCAACCUGAAUCUAGAGGAGGAGCGUGUGACCCCAGCCUGAGCCAGUCCAAGCACUGCAUUUCACCUGGCCGUGGUGAUUGGUUCAAGGGCAGGCCCAGGAGCCAAACUGUCCAAUCAGAGCAGCAGAUGACUUGGGCUGGGAACGCGGAGGCACCCGUGGACCGUUCAUUUAUAUAAGCCAAUACAUUUCCCAGUCCCCUUUGUGCUGAAGCCUAGAUUUCUGUCAUUUGAGCCUGGAAGGAUCCUGACUGCCGGUGUAUGCAUUUGAUGCGUGUCUCUUGAACUGAAUUGCCUUGCGCUGCCUAGGUGUGAGCCCUCUCUGAGGUUGGCCCUCAGCAAAAUUGAGGACCACCUGAGCAGUUUUCUUUUAUUCCCUCGGCCUCUCUUUGGACCCACUUUUUGUUCUGGCUCCCAGGCGUGGGAGUUCAUGCUGCCUGCAUUUAUAAGCAGAGCAAACCAUCACCCGAUGCGAUUUUGCUGACAGGGUGUGUGUGUGUCGGGGGGGUGCACAGUAUUUUAUGAAGUUGGGAGGUUGUCUUAAAUCACAUCGGCUAGGAGCCUCUUUAGGAAGUGGCUGCUGUGGUGGUAGUCAGGGCUGGUGGACCCUAGAGACACUACCAUCACUUAAACUCAAGCCCUUUAGAAAGACAGUUCCCUAAUUUUCCAUCCACCCUUAGGGUCUUGGAGUCAGUUAUCACCCUGACUUAAAGCCCCAUGCCCGCCCUUCCUGGGGAGGGGGCCUGGCAGGGCUGUUAGCUGAUGGUGAUGCGGUUGCUAAGGCCCAGAAAGUGGGACACCUGGCCCGAGGGCCCAAGGACCUUUGUGCCGCCCUGGUAGGGUGCUUUGUUCUCAUGAAGAUGCUCUCAUGUUUUGGGGACCCCAAUGUCCAGCUCCUCCAGGGCCUUCUGGGGCAGACCGGGCACUCGGUGCCCCGUGCAGAGAGGCACGGGGGAUCCCCUCCAGAUCUGCUCGCUUGGCUCCGUUACUUUGUGUUCCUGGUUUGUUUCAGAAUGAAUGAAUGAAUGAAUGAAUAAAUAAAUGAGUGUAUCAGUAAGAUUAGGUUCAGCUUUGUGAUUCAGGAAACACAAGUGGCUUAAACAAAAUAGAAAUUUAUUUCUCUUUCACUUAACAGUCUGGAGCUAGGUGAUGGGGGGCUGGUAGAGAGUGGAGCGUGAGACCACAGCCCCGCCUCUUGCCUCCCUUAGCUCUGUCCCCAGCCUUGAUUUUCAUCUCCUGUCCCGAGAAGCCUUUGCCUCUGCAGUGGGCACAGUUGGUGCCCACCUGGCCCCCAGCUCUAAUCUCCUGGAUCAGGUUCGUGCAGCCAUCCUCCAGUGUUGGCUCCUGAUGGUCCACAGCUGCCCGCUUCUCCAGAGAAUAACCAACCGGAGCCACUGUGUUCAGAGAUGCCUGGGAGGUUACCCCUUCCCCGGGUGGCACAGAGUCAAUGAUUGACUGAUGGAGGGAUAGAAAAGGCAGCUUCUCUUGCAACCUAAAGGCAGGGCAGCCCUGUGGUACCAACCACAGAGCAGAGGUCCCCAUGGAAUGAGACUGGGAUCUGACUCCAUCUGUGUCCCCUCCUUCUGUUCACCCUCCUCGUACUCCGAGCCCUCCCUGAAUAAAUCACAUGCCGAGAACCCCCAUCCCAGGCUCUGCUGUGGAAAACCCGACCUAAAUGGGCCCUUUCCACCCUUCCCCAGUGUUUGUGCUUUUUAAACUCCACCAAAAAUGUCACGGGGAAGGUUUCUUGCCUGGCUUCCAAACUCCCUGAUAAAUUCCACUGGCUGGGCAACCCCAGGAGAGGUUUUCUGGAGCAAGGAGCGCCAUAAAUCACCCCACUGCCACUCCGGCUUGGGCAAUAUCUUAUGUAAAAAGGUGUUUCCUGGGAGCGCCACGGGCAGGAGAAUCCUAUUACAAGCCGCCCCAUUAAUUAUAAAGAGUCAAGUCGACCCUUCGCUGCGAUUUUUUAUCUUAAGUCCGAAAACUGAUUACCUUCACCAAUCCUUCCGCCUUCCAAAAAAAAAAAAAAAAAACAAACCCUAAAGAAUAAAAUAAA